AUGGCGACGCAGGUUGAGCUGGAUGUGGCGUUGCAAGCGGCCGUCGAGCUUGCUGCUGGCGUCACGGGUGAGGCAAGCAGCGGUCAGUCGCUUCAAAAUCUCAACGCCAUCGUCGCUGCCCUUCACCUCGUUGAGGCGUCCUUGAACAAGCAUGGCCGUCGCCUGUUGGCUUGCCGGGCACCUCACAUCCGCCAGCAUACCAUUGAAGCUUUGGCCACGAUCGUGGCCGAAGCUGCUCCGCCUGCCCAAACGCUGGAGCAAACCCCCCAGCUUGAGCAGACGGCGUUGCUGUUGCACGAAGAGGAUCUGGCGGCCCAGUCACAAGCUGCUCUUUUGGCCUGGGUGUGCCAAGCAACCCUGGUCACCCGGCUGCUCGACGCCCCUUCACCUGAAGCGCGCCUUCGUAUUUUCCACCUCUACGCUACGCUCGCAGGCCACAAUGAGGCAUGUUUCAAAGCCGUCCUAGGCACUGGCGUGCUCCAGGCGGCGUUGGACUGUUACACGCAAUCGGAUGACAUCCUGGUCCAGCUCAAUGUUGUCGAAAGCCUCAAGCUCUUGACAGCCUGUGACGCAGCAUGCACAUGGCUCUCUACCCCCACUGUCCUUGAUGCACUAUUGUUACCACUCACGCCCAAGGGCGCCGCCAACCCCUUUCAGAACAUGCUAUUGCCCGUAACCUUUGAUUUUUUGGCGACGCUGGCUGCAUCACAAGAGCUGGACUUUACCGACUGGGAUGCACGCUAUGGCUUGCUCAAUGCCUUUGCGGUCGCCAUGGACUCAAGCGAUACUACCAUCUUGGUACGCCUGCUGCUCCGACGCUUUGAGAGCAGCAUGCAGCACUGGGUGCUUGGACACAAUGCCUGCGCCAGACCACAUUGUGUCAGCUUUUGCUCCAAGACGGCAAAGCUCAAGCAUUACGUGAUCGUUACGCUCACCACCUUUUGCACGCUCGUUACGAGCUCAAGGUUAAGCUGUACUCACAGCUGGCAGACACCAUCCUUCGAGCUGUAA